UCUGACACAAACAGUGGGCCAAAGAAAAGGGAAGAGCAGGAGCAGCACUGUCCAGAACGAGUGGAAAAUCAAAGUGGGAGAGGACGAGGAGAAGUGUAAAGAAGACGAGACGGAGAGAGAGAAGGAGCCUCGGAGUCUGCACAAAGAUUGAACUGGAAAAAAGUUUGAAGCUGCCCAACAAAAGAAGAAAGGGGGGUUUGAAGCAGAGAGGGCCCCAACAUUUACAGAGGUAAGCAACUGGGAGCGGCUUGUUAGCCUUCCAUGGCUGUAGCUGCAUUUCAGAGAGAUCUAAUGGAGGGAUUGAGCUCCUAUUUCUGCCCUGUGAGUUCAUUUGUUACUAUAUAUUUCCUCUAUGCAAUGUGUGUGUGCGGUGAGUUAUGUGUGACAGAUGAAACGGGGACGGGGGGAGGAGUGAGUGUGUGUGCCAGACUGGGUGCAGGAUUCAGGGGUUGGUUGGAAACUCCAGAUGGGAUCUUAUAAGCGCGAAUGACCUUCCGUUUCAGUCAGUUGUUGUGCAGAUUUUACAUGAAAAGUUAGAGUUUUAGAUCCUGGGAGGACUGGGUCGCUACAGGACUUUGGAAAACUGGGGGAACAAAUUUCCUGUCUGACCUGCCAAGAGAUUAUAAAAAGUCUGGAGGACCCAUGGUGGAAUUAGAUCUGUGCUGGUAGGUGGUAAGUUAUACAGUAUACUCGGUGCAUAACUUAUAGUGAAAUGUAUGCAAAUGUAAGUACGUGAUUCUACAACGAGCUUCUAACUUUUGUAGCUCAAUGAAAGUCACAAUGUUACGAAUAUUCCUCACGACACAGAGAGCCAAUCAGAAGUUCCAGUCAGGCUUUUCUAACUUAAAUGUGUUUCGUUUGUAUUAUUGUUAUUUUUAAUUUAUUUACAUAUUCAGGAUACAGAGGCCCACCCCAGCCUUUUGGAGGAUGUUUGAAUUGAUCAUAAAGUCUAUGAAAUGAUAUUUGAAAGGCCUAUGGUGCACAGCACGCUUUCUCUUUUACAUAGACAGAUCAUAAUGCUUAUGAAGGGUAUAAAAUCACAUUUGAGAGGCAAGUAGAUUACAGCUAAGUGACUUGCUGGUGUACUAAGAGGGUAAAUCUCAUAUACAGUUGGGAUUAAAUUCCCCCAGGCACUUUGCUUGUGUCAUGAGAUCGGAGACUACUUAGUAAAACUUGCAGGAAUGCACCAAAUGAUUUGAUAUUAGGGAAGGCACAGCAGAGCUCCCCCACCCCCACUUUCCUCUGGAAACUCAGACACAGUACCCCGAGGAGACCACGGCAGCCAGGGGACAGGAAGUCCAGGUCAAGGGUUAAAAGUGAGGCGAUUCAUUAUUUUUUCUGACCUCCGGCAGAACACAGGGUUGUGUUCUCUAUCACAACCUCAGCGGCUGAGUAACACAACAGUAAGCUGAGGAAGAGCGAGGCAGGGAGAGGCAUGGCAUUAUGCUCCUACUGGAGCAUGUGAUGCCCCGUGAACAGCAGGAUGUGGAGGGAAAUCAUUGAAUCUAAUUGUGCCAGAGCCAUGGAGAGAUGGCUGCAGGGAGGAAAAACAGGCAUGAAGGCUGUGGGUGGGUGGAGUUCUGCUCCGUUUGAAACACCAGAAGGCAAAACUGCUACGUGCUUAAAUAUUUAACUGGAAAAGUUUCAGUUUUGGAAGUGGAACCAGACGAGCAUAAAGUCAUUCAAAUAUCUCAAGUACUUCAUGUCGAUCACUUCCUUUUGAGACAGACAGAACUUUGUACUUGUUUCUUUCCUAAAUGAGUGUGAAUGAUAGGAUGUGAUGACCUUUACCCCCUAUUGAUCUUAGAAUCAUGUUUCAAAGUUGGAUUGCUGGGAGAAGACACUCCUUGCUCACUGCUGUUGUUACGGUAUGCCUUGAUUUACUGUACACAUCAACUUCCAACAGCAGCUACAAGUCUUUAACGGGUCUAGAGAGCCUCCAUUAUAUGAGCGGCCAUUUAUCUGAGGGGAUAUCAGAUGCUCUCCGAUCACAGACACUCAAGUAGACAUACUGCACAAUAAAACAGUGAUUCCCAACCAGUGGUACUUGUACCCCAGGAGAUACUUCUGCAGUUGUACCCCAUACAUGCGAUUCAUUUUUCAUCAGUAAUCAAAUGUCCACUAUAAAAGUAAUUCAUAUUUGUGACUCUAAUUUGUCAAAGUGGGGUAAGUGAGUUCAUCUGUCAGUGGGGCAUCUCUCACAAGGAAAGGAUGCGAGGACGUGGUUUCCUAAUGGAUAUGUGGUUCUCCACUGACUCCCAUGUGGAGGGAUUUGUGAUGUUGGUUUUGAACUGAAUUAUGAAACAUAAUCACAUUUAUCAUGUGAGAACACAGUCUAUAAUAAUAAGACUCACAUACUGUACAUUCACUAACUGGGAUAGUUUCUGCUGAACUGAAAUACAGCUUCAUGGUCGAGAUUGUCACUCAAGGAAGGCUCAUUUUAUAAUACAUAUAUCAUAUUUUUGAUUUAAAUAACAUUUCAUAGUUGAUACAAAGCCCCAAAGACUUCAUUAGCAACACAUGAAAGCUGAUUACAGAAAGGUCAGUGUGCAGAUUAAAAAGAAGAGCGAUACCAUACUCUGAAGUAAUCACAUGCUCUUUACUCUCUCAGAGAACAGGAUGUCGACGCCACCAUCAGACAACAGCAGUGAAGAUGCCAGCAAUCGCAGCUUCUGGAUGCCUGGGAACUAUCAGCCCACUGUGAAGCGAACAGAAGAUGCCUUCCAGGCCUGCAAUGACAUAGUGGCGUGUUUCCAAGAGAGAGCUCGUGUGGAGAGGCAGUACGCCCAGCAGCUCAGUGAGUGGAGCAACAAGUGGAAGCCAGUAGUGGACUCCAGUCCUCUAUACGGAUCUCUUCUGAAGGCUUGGCAGUGUUUUCUGUCCUCUGCUGACCGGCUGGCCUCCUUACACGCCUCCAUCUGUCGCUCCCUGGUGUCGGAGGAUGGAGACAGGGUCAGGACCUGGCAGAAGGACACCUUCCACAAGAAGUUGUUUGGAGGCUUCAAGGAGUCCCAGGACAUUGAGACGGGCUUUACACGUGCUCAGAAGCCAUGGGCCAAACGACUUAAAAAGUUGGAUAAAGCCAGGAGGGCGUACCACAAAGUGAGCCGUAAGGAGCAGGCAGCCAGGGACCGAGAGGUACACAGUCAGGGAAACCCGGACGUCGCCAUCGACAAACAGAAGAAGAUCCAAGAGGAGAGAGAGCUGGCUCAACAGGAGGCUGAGAAGGUCCGUGCCCGCUAUGAAAAAGUCCUUGAGGAGGUGAACCGCUACGCUCCACGCUACAUGGAAGAGAUGGAGUCCAUCUUUGACCAAUCGCAGGACGAGGAGCGAAAGAGGAUUGUCUUCCUCAAACAGGCCUUUCUCUCCAUCCACAAACACCUGGACAUUACCAACAAUGAGAGUGUGAGGGUUGUGUACAAUGAGCUCCACAACACAUUGAUGACCAUCGAUGAGCAUGAGGACCUUCGCUGGUGGAAAAACACCAACGGGCCCGGCAUGCCCACCGACUGGCCUCACUUCCAGGAAUGGAUGCCCGAGAAGAAAAACAAAAAAGGGAAAAAAGAAGUCGAAAAGAAAGGAACAAUAGAGAGGAGUGUGAUUAUUGGAGGAGUGAGAGUAAGAGCUAUGUAUGACUAUGUUGGCCAGGAGACAGAUGAGCUGUCUUUUAAAGCAGGUGAGGAGUUUUUGAAGAUAGAGGAUGAGGAUGAUCAGGGCUGGUGUCGGGGGAUGAAGGACGACGGGUGUGAGGGGCUUUACCCAGCCAACUAUGUCGAGGUGGUGUAGUUUAGACUGAAAAUGAUAAUUCUUUCUACACCACAUGGUUAGUUUCACUGUGGAAAUCACAACCUGGUUUAACGUCUAAAUGUCGGAAACAUCAAAUCAAUGCUGUAAAGAGAAACACCAAGUAGCUCUUAGCCAAAGAUCUGGUCUACGAUGAGAGUAUGAUCACACUUAAAGAGGACAUUUUAGCAAACAGAUAUUUUGAAAAAACUAUCCAGGUUGUGUGAUCUCUCGAAGGAUUUUAAGAAAUGUUUUAAUAUAUACAGUAUGCGUAGACCACUUGUACUAAAGCCAUAUAAUAAACAAUGCUUUAAUGUUAAAAAGUGCUCUUAAGGUAUAUAACUAGCCAUUUGGUGCUGAAAUUGCAUUACGGGACUGCUUUUCCUUGAGCUGUUUUUAUUUCUUUACACCUCAACACAUUGCUAUUAAAAUGCUCACAAAGCCUCUCAUAUGAAGAAAGUAACUCGAAUACUGUGAUUCUAAAUAAUCGAAAGCAGCAAAGCACAAGUGGAGUUAGCUUGAUAGAAGUAGAUAACCACAAGACCUGUAUUUCUCUUCUGUUUUAUAAAGGAACAGUUUGACAUUUUUAGGAAUAUGGUUUGCUAUCAAAUAAAAAACAAUGAGAUGGGAAGAUUGAUUUUAGUUUCAUCUCUGUGUCAGGUACAGGGGAACUGCCUAUUUGAAAAGUUUGACAUGUGAAGCUAUAUAGCUCUAUAAGCAACCUGUUCUUACUCCCAACUCGUCAAACACUUGACGUCUGAUAAAAGGCCGCCUUUAUCGUCUGUAUGACCCCAAUGUUAACCCAUCCUCUUCAUUGUUAGAUGCUCUGAGCAGCUUACGUGGUGCGAAGCGUGAGAAAGUCCGUGAAGGGCGGGAGUAGAGGUUGGACAGGUCAAAGAAACACAUGACUUUCACCCAGCGGACCGUUCUUUGUUCCCCUUGUGAAACGUAUAUUGACACGCUGUCCCUGACACAUCCAAAACUUAUGCUAGAGGGUAGCGAGAGUGUCAUAGUUUAAAGCGUAGGGCCACUGACCAAGCGACGAGUUGGGAAGGAGAAUAUGUUGUUUUUGGUUCAGUCUCACCUCUCUUAUUGGUGUCAUUUUUAACCCCAGCAGGCAGCUGUUUUCAGCAGCAUAAAUAAGACAGCUUUGGAGUUCUGCGUACUUUGGGGUGGAUAAGGCUCAGAAGGAAGAGUGGAUUGUCAAUUACUUGCAGAGUUGGUGGUUCAAUCCAACACUGAAUCUCAAAAUUGCUCGUGAUAGUCAGAUCACUGCCUUGCAUGGACUCUCCACCACCAUAAAGCUGUGUGAAUGAGGGGCAAACUAUAAAGCAAUCUGCCAGCUACAGUAGAAAAGUGCUAUAUAAGUGGCAAGGCAAGGAGUUUCUUCCCGUUUCCAGUCUUUGUACUGAGCCAGGUCAUAUUAUCUAUGAACAUCUUAAGGCCAUACUUAUCUUAAUUUGAGGAUCAUCUAAGCAUUGAGAUGUUUCUGACAAACAGGGCCCAGGUCUGAUCAUGUCCCAGACAUAAAGCUAUCUCUGCACAGAAGGCUAAGAGAUUAAACUGAUAUUGCUCUUCUUCAUCACCAUCUCAGUUUGACGCCAAACAUUCAUAUUUCUUAACAUGUCAGACUGUUCCUUUUAAAUAAGUAUUGGGGAACAAAUAGUUUUCCUGUCCGUCUGUUGAUACUGUAGUAUGUGUGACGCUUAUCGUGGAGGGCAUCUUUACCAAAGUAAAGACACUGCUGCGUUUGCCUUCCCCUUGUCCUUUGCCUUC